AUGCUGCAGACUCGAGGACUGCACGCGCUGAGACCACCACCGCUACUCGCGCGCUCACUGCGCCCACAAGCGCUCACACGCCCGCGCUCGCUGCCAGCCUCCGCGCCCUCGAUCCGACCCUCGCGACCCGCUCACUCGCUCGCACGGUCACCGGCAGGGCAAUCACAGGGAUCAGGAUGGAGCUACCACUCUCAUGCGCGGUUCGCAUUCAUACCGGUCCUGUUCGGAGUAGGCGGAUCAGGCGCACUCCUCCUCGACACCUCGCAUCCACACGACGAGCCGAAACACUCGCUCAAGUCGAUCCUCGACAACGUCGAGAAACCCGAGGCGGACGAGUUCUUGAUUGCGGUCAAUGCGGCGGAUAUCGAUGAGGACGAGGCGAAUGCGAGUUUGGUCAGGCGGAUACGGAGGUGGGUGAGGGACUGGGUUCUCGAGCCCGUCUCGACGAGCCUGAGGUUCCUCCAACUCGUGUUGCUCUUCUUGCCCGUGCUCGUCACGGCGCCGAUCUUGGCGCUCGAGUUGGUCGAUGAGCGGAGGGACAGGAGGAGAGGGAGGGAACGGAGGACGAAGGAGAGGACUACGACGAGGUUGUGGUACCUUUUGCUCGUGCACCAGAUGGAGAUGGCUGGUCCGACGUUCAUCAAGCUCGCUCAAUGGGCCGGCUCGCGCACCGACCUGUUCCCCGCCGAGCUCUGCACCCUAUUCGGCAAGCUGCACUCGCAGGGCUCGCCGCACUCCUUCCGCUACACCAAGCGCGUGAUCGAGCGGGCGUUCGGCCUCCCCUUCUCCCAAAUUUUCGUCGACUUCCGCCGCGACCCGCUCGGAAUCGGCGCCAUCGCGCAAGUGUACAAAGCCGUCUUGAACCCCGACCUCUUGCCGGAGGACUACCUCGCUUUGAAGCAUACGGAGGACCCGGCACCGACUGCGAGACUCAGGCAGACGAUUGCACCGACGCCGGACGACAAGCGGCCUCCUCGGACACCUGGCGCGACAGUCGCGAUCAAGGUCCUCCACCCGGGCGUCGAGAAGAAGAUCCGCCGCGACCUCAAGCUCAUGAUGUUCUUCGCCAAGGCGCUCAACGCCUUGCCUGGCAUGGAGUGGCUCAGCUUUCCCGAGGAGGUGCAGGUCUUUGGCGAGAUGAUGCUCAGCCAAGUCGACCUGCGCAUCGAGGCCAACAACCUGGUUACUUUCGAGAAGUACUUCAUGCACCGGCCGACCGUCUCUUUCCCCCGCGCACUCAAGCAAUACACAGCCCCUCGCGUCCUGAUCGAAGAAUUCGAAGACGCCGUCCCGCUCGAAUUGUUCCUCAACAACGGAGGCGGGCCUUUCGACCAUCGGAUCGCGAAUUUGGGGUUGGAUGCGUUUUUGAAUAUGAUGCUCAUCGACAACUUUGUGCACUCCGACCUGCAUCCCGGCAACAUCAUGGUCAAGUGGUUCAAGCCGUCGACGCGGAGCAUGCUCGCCUCGCUAUGGGCGACCUGGCGGGACAAGCCCGAACCUGACGCAGCCGACGCCGUCGACAACGUCAACGGAGCCGAGAUCGUCCACCGACUACGGUCGCUCAAGCACGACAAGGCCGCCUGGCUCGCAGAGCUCGACCGCCUCGACGCAGAGGGCUACCAGCCCGAACUCGUCUUCAUCGACACGGGCCUCGUUACGCGAUUGAACGAGACGAACCGACGGAACUUUAUCGACCUCUUUACGGCUAUCGCGAGCUUUGACGGAUACCGCGCCGGCCAACUCAUGGUUGAGCGGUGUCGCGCGCCGGAACUCGUGGUCGACGAGGAGACGUUCGCGCUCAAGAUGCAGAAGCUCGUCCUCGGCGUCAAGAGCCAGACGUUCUCCCUCGGCAAGAUCAAGAUCUCGGACGUCCUCUCGCAGGUAUUGACCAAUGUCCGCGAGCACCACGUCAAGAUGGAGGCCGACUUUGUCAACACCGUCAUCUCGAUCCUCUUGCUCGAGGGAAUCGGGCGACAACUCGAUCCGGAGAUGGACCUCUUCAAGAGCGCGUUGCCGAUCUUGCGGCAGCUCGGACAGCAGGUCGGGCGCGAGCAAGUGAUGAGCCAGGCGAGCAAGAUGGACGUCGAGAGUCUCGCAAGUAUGGCCAAGAUCUGGGUGUGGAUUGAAGCGCGCCAACUCGCCUCGAUUGCCGUCGCCGACGUCGACGACUUCCUCCGCUACGACACCCUCAUGCCCAACGUCUAA